AUGGGUCGACGAGGUCAUAAAAAACAGAAAGCAUUUCGUCGUGCUACGGUCGAUGCUAUUCGUAAAGCUCGUCUUGAAAAACAACAAGCAAAUAAUGGACAACCAACAACAAAUGAAGACCAAACAACACCAAACGAUCGACCACGUGUUAACAAAUAUGAAGAUAUUGUUAAAGAAAAUGCAUUAUUUGAAAAAUAUUAUAAGGCCAUGAAUCUUGUACCUGAUGAUGAAUGGGAUGCAUUUUUAUCAGCAUUGAAAGAACCAUUACCAGUUACUUUUCGUGUAGCAGGUUUUCGUACACAUGCUUUUGCUGUAAUGCAUCAAAUUCGAGAACAAUAUUUUCAACUACUUGAAUCAUCAACAACAAUUGAUAAACCAAAAGAACUUGUCUGGUAUCCAGGCAGUUUAGCAUGGCAAUUAAAUCUUAGUCGAAGUAAAUUACGUAGUUCUCCAGAAUUACAAAAGCUUAAAGAAUUUCUUUAUGAACAAACUGAACAUGUAAAUUAUUCUAAUUUACGAAAUU